AUGGUGGGAACCGGUUGCUCCGGAACCAAUGCAUACAGAUAUGGCACGAUGCGCGAAUGGGUGCUUUCGCUGACUGUUGUACUUGCUGAUGGAACAAUCAUCAAGACUCGACAGCGUCCCCGAAAGUCCAGUGCUGGCUAUGACCUGACCAAGCUUUUCAUUGGAAGUGAAGGCACUCUUGGGUUGGUAACAGAGGCAACCCUGAAGCUGACAGUCAAGCCCAAGAGCCAGAGUGUUGCAGUCGCAAGCUUUGGCUCCAUCCAAAAUGCUGCUGAGUGCGUGACCAACGUUGUGGAGGCGGGUAUCCCGGUGGCCGGUGUUGAGAUCUUGGAUGAUAUCCAGAUGAAGUGUAUCAAUGCCAGCAAGACAACCAGCCGCCAGUGGCAGGAGUCCCCCACUCUCUUCUUCAAGUUUACUGGAACCCCAGGUGCAGUCAAGGAACAGGUCAGUAUGGUACAGAAAAUUGUAUCUGGAACCUCAGGAAAGUCCUUUGAAUUUGCCCGUGGUGAAGAGGAGAUGCAAGAACUUUGGAGUGCCCGCAAGCAGGCCCUAUGGAGUGUCAUGGCAAUGAAGAGAACCCCCGAUGACCACGUCUGGACGACAGAUGUCGCGGUUCCAAUGAGCAAGCUGCCCGAUAUCAUCGAGGCUACCAAGGAAGACAUGACCAAGAGUGGCUUGUUGGCUGGAAUCUGUGGCCACGUUGGUGAUGGCAAUUUCCACGCCAUCAUCUUGUUCAAUGAGAGCGAAAAGAAAACAGCCGAAGGCGUUGUUCACCGCAUGGUGAAGCGUGCCGUGGAGAUGGAGGGCACUGUCACUGGCGAACAUGGCGUUGGUCUUGUCAAGCGAGACUACCUCGAACACGAGUUGGGUGAAUCUACAGUGGAUGCCAUGCGCCGCCUGAAAUUGGCCCUUGACCCGCUUCGCCUUCUCAACUGCGACAAGGUUGUUCGCACCGAGCAGCCGGCAGCCGGAGAAGUCAAGGAAUGGUAA